AUGCCGGUACCCACUCGAAAAGAGAGGCCUAAAGUACCUGGAGUGUGCUUUGAAUUAAAAGACCUUUGCCAAAUGCUAGAAUCCCUGGAUGAAGGAAAUGCCAAGCACUUUUCCAAUUUUCUAAAUGUGAAGAUUAUCAUUGAUUGUACAGAAAUUUUUACAGAGAAACCAUCAUCAUUGCAAGCAUGCAAAGAAAUAUAUUCCAAUUAUAAAUGGCACACAACAUUCAAGUUUUUAGUUGAAAUUGACACACAUGCAGCAGUUGUUUAUGUUUCUCGAGCAUGGGGUGCGCGCACUUCGGACAAACAUAUUACAUCAAACUGUAAUGACUUACUAGAUGCAAUGAAAGAGGGGGAUGAGAUAAUGGCUGAUAGAGGAUUUGACAUAGAUGAUGUCUUAAGUGUUCCAGGUGUUAAAGUUAUCAUCCCAGAUUUUAAGGGGAAAGACCGCUCACAAAUGAGGGGAGUUGAAAGUAGAAGGUCAGAAAAUAUAGCAGUGGCACGAAUGCAUGUGGAGAGGGCAAUACAGAGAAUCAAGAUUUAUCGUAUUCUUCGAACUGAAAUACCUUUGACUAUGACACACUUAGCUGAGCAAAUAUUUACUGUUUGUGCCUAUUCAGUUAAUUUCCUGUCCCCAAUACUACAAUAG